GUGGUGCUCGUCUUGAUCACUCUUCUCCUCCAUGGGUACUUUUGUAACCAACAGGAUGGCGUGGGUGUGGGUGGCGAUGGGUGUAGUGGCCGUGGGCGUGGUGGCUGAGGAGGAGCAGCCGCGGGUGGUGACGCCGUGGGGCACCUUCCUUGGCAAGUCGUACACUUCUGCCAGGGAGGGCCGCCAGGUUUACGCCUUUACCGGCAUUCCCUACGCCAAACCUCCCUUGGGCGACCUCAGAUUUAGGGAGCCAGUGCCUUACGGUGCCCACUUGACACCCUUCAACGCGACGGGUGACUCUCCCGCCUGCCUUCAAUGGGACAACCUACGUGGUCGAGGUGCCGUGGGACAGGAGGACUGCCUCUAUCUUAACGUAUACACCAAUACAUUGACACAGCCGCCGAUGUUCUACAACACACAGCCAGUGGUGAUGUUCCUGCACGCUGGCACCUGGAUGGCCGGUAGUGGCGGAGACGGCCUCUUGCAGCCAGACUACAUGCUUGAGUCUGACGUUACUGUCGUCACCAUCAAUCACAGGCUGGGACCCUUUGGUUUCCUGUCUACGGAGGACCAGGAGAGCCCAGGCAACUUCGGGCUGAUGGACCAGGUGGUGGCGUUAGAGUGGGUCAGGAACAACAUACGUCACUUCGGCGGCAUGAAUGACUCCAUCACCGUCAUGGGGUCUGGGGCGGGAGGCAUCAGCGUUCACCUCCUCGUCCUCUCCCCCAAGACUCGCGCCGCUUCCAUUUACCCCGACGAUCUGUGUUUAUUCCACAAAGCCAUCUCCCAGAGCGGAACAGCAUACAGCCCCCACGCCAUCGUGAGGAAUGCCCGAUCCCAGGCCCUCAAAUUUGGCCUCAUGCUAGGCUGUCCCACUGCUACCUCCCAGGACCUUAUGCGUUGCCUCAGGUCUAUCCCAGGCAGUAAGAUCGUCGACCAAAUGCCAUCAAUGUAUGUAUGGGAUGAAGAACCAGUGCCAUUUGGGCCCGUGAUUGACAAAUGGCAGGGAAACGAGGCUUUUUUGCCGGACGAGCCACACCACCUCAUCCGUCACCAGCAGUUCCUCCAAAUACCCUGGAUGGUCGGCACUAACAAGAACGAUGGUGCCUUUAGAGUUCAAGACGUUUUGAAGGAUACUAGCUUGACGGAGCAACUCAACAAGCAGUGGGAGAAGUAUGGUCCUAUCCUACUCGACCUGAAGGAAACCUCCUGUAAGGACCCCGUUGAAAUAGCGAACAGAAUCCGCAAAUACUACAUGGGCAAGAAGAAGUUCGGUGAGGAGUCAUCUCAGGAGUUUGUGGAGAUGCUGACAGACAGGUUUUUCCUAUACCCGACGGACCACGCAGUUAAAGAUCAUAGUUACUACCUGAAAGGCAAAUACUGCUACCGCUACGAGCUGGUUUACACUGGCCGCAAGUCCUUCCUCGACAUCCUUCACCAUGAGAGUCCACAGGAGGCCGCCACUUCAGCCUUCGGAGCAGGACUGCCCAACCCCAGAUUCCAAAACACGCGGGGCGCUCACGGGUGGGGCGUGAGCUUCUUGGAUGAACUGCUCUACCUCUUCCCCUCCAGCAAACUCGAUUUCGUCUACAAGCGAGACUUUAACUCAGACUCCGCCUCCCGGGUGUCCACACACAUGAUCAUGUUGUGGACCAACUUCAUCAAGGGAAGUGACCCGACGCCUGUCCUGGAGGGAUGGCCAGAUGACAUAUCACCGUGGGGAGCGUGGUGGGAGCCCUUCCUCGGGGGAUACCUUUACUACCUGCAGAUCGACCCAGAUAUGGAUAGUAAAGACGUCCCACUCAAGGAUGAACAAAUGACCUUCUGGAAUGACCUCCCGCUCUAUGAGAACCGCGACCACAAUGUUCUGAGGGACGAACUGUGAACAGAUCGUCGAUUCUAAGUGGAAAAUAAUUGGAAGUUAAUGGGUUUAUGCUCUGAUAACUUCAUUCUUUUCAUGGGCCAUUCCAAGUAGGUCAACGAGUCGUGCGUUAACAUAGGUUAAUGGUAUAAAGUCGUCCAGAUAGAGAUAAUAAAUGGUCACCAACAGGUCUUGUGUUAUCCCUCACAAACGCCAUAACAGUAUCAGCACACCACCAGGUGAAAUAUGCCGUAUUUUACUGUAAACGAGUUGAAUCUAUUAAGACUAAUAAUAGCUUUUAUAAAAUGCAUCUAUAUGAUCCUUUAUAAUGGUUUCGUAAGUUACAUAUUUUGUGAACAAUUGUAUCGUAUUCUGUGAAAUAAUAGACAUCAAUUUCUCCUAUUGAAUAAAUAUAUAAAUCCGUGGUCCAACAUACAAUAACGAAUUGUCAAAAAAUAUUGGGAAAAUACAGCAAUUGUAACAAUAAAGCCUUAACUGUUUAGUA